ACUAUGGACACAGAGUUGACCAGCGUCCAAUGCCCACCACAGGUCCCACUGGAUCUCCUGGAGCUGAGGAAGCGGCUUGGAAGUGUAAUGGCAGUCGAUGACUGCAAGAACAGAUUGAUACAAGACCUAUUCUUCGAGGUCGAGACGCUUCACUCUGCCCUGCUUAACGAAUGCACCAAACAGGAGAAUGAGAGGUUCCGUCUCAAUCAAGAAAUUGCUCAAUACAAAACGGAGGUUGCAGAUCUGAGACAUAAUCAGGCAAAGCUAAGCUUCGUGUCUAUCCUCGUCGACGGGGACUGUAUGAACUUUAACGACGCCCUCAUUCAAGAAGGCCACAACGGCGGCCGCAGAGCUGCACGACUUCUACUCCAGGCCGUUGAGCGCUACAUCCGGGACACCGACCCCCAAGCCAGCCCCAGCCUGCAGUACAGAGUGAGUGUCUACGCCAACCUGCCCGGUCUCGAGAAAGCCUACCGGGAAGCCAAAGUGCUGUCCUGGACGGAAACCCUCGACCCAUUCGUCCGGGGCUUCAACAUGGAAGACAGCCAGUGUGAUUUCAUCGACGCAGGAAACGGCAAAGAAUGCUCCGAUGUCAAGAUCCGAGCAACCUUCGAGCGCGACAUCCUCGACGUGCACUGCCGCCAUAUCAUCUUCUGCGCCGCCACGGACAACGGCUACGCCCGGCUCCUCGGCUCCCAUAGAGGGAGCAACCGCAUCACCCUGGUCGAGGGGGCGCCAUUCGCAUGGGAGAUCGAACAGCUAGCCACUGAACUUCGGACAGCCGCGUUCCCAGCGGUAUUCCGGGCUGCAAAGCUCCCCGCUCGCGCAUACUCGUUCAGCGCCGCUGCAACCGCUUCCGCCAAUGUUGUCGCUGCUUCACCACCAACUGCCGGCGACACGCAAUCCUCGUCUCCUGCCCGGCGAGACUAUGCGACCAUCGCAAAGGCUAACCUCCAAAUGACCCCUUCGCCUUCCGCCUCCUCGUCCUCCUAUUCUGCCACCGCAUCCACCACACCCACCCCCCCAACACCAAGCCCGUCGUCAUCAUCCUCAACCUCAACAUCAACCCAGAUAAUCUUCAACAUCUCCCCCUCUGUCACUUCAACGCCCCUACUUCCCAAAAUCAAGUACAACGCCCGAGGCCACCGCAUCGAUCCCCAACUCCCCCGCGCGAGCAGCAAAGAGAACUACGAGCGCCUCCGCGCGGCCAAGCUCUGCAACCGGUACCACCUGCAGGACGACUGCAGCUACGGCGACAGCUGCACGCACGCGCACGGACGGCGGCUGACGAGCGCGCAGGAUCUCCACGACCUGCGGUGCAUCUCGCGGACGAGCGUGUGCGGCGAGGGGCUGUGGUGCACGAACCGGAAGUGCGUGUGCGGGCACCAGUGUCCGUGGGAGUCGUGGCGGGAUCAUGAGCUGACGGGGUGCCGGUUCCCGGAGGAGAUGCAUGGGGUUGAUCGGGAGGUUGUGCGAGUUGAAUAGGUUGGUCCAAUUGGACUAGGGACUUGCGAUGAGUGGGUGUAGGAAGGUAGGGGCCUUUUAUUGACAACAGUUUUAUUUGUUUAUGGUGACUCUUUUGCGGUUCUUCGGUUGAAACAUUUAUAUACGUGGUCCCUCGUAAAUCCUCUCUGCCCCAAUAUUACCUAUCAUAUAGUUAUGCCACCCCCCGUACUUCAAAGAGAUGAUCUCGGCGGACGGUCACUUUAAUCGAAAACCUCAAACCUAUCAGAUAAAAAGUCCAUUAACACGACACAAUCUCCAAUCCUCCCCAGCAUGAGGGGUCUUCCACCCAGUCCGGUACAUAAACCUCAC